AUGACGUCCAAAUCGGCCGCGAUGGCGGAUGAGGGCCUGGCCGAACAUUACCAGGUGUUGGAGGAGCUUGGUCGUGGAAGUUUUGGAGUUGUGUACAAGGCCAUUGAGAAGGCCACCGGCGAGACUGUUGCCAUCAAACAUAUCGACCUCGAAUCCAGCGAAGAUGACAUCCAGGAGAUCCAAGGCGAGAUCGCUGUGCUAAGCACAUGCGCCAGCUCGUUCGUCACCCAGUACAAAGGCAGCUUUCUGCGCGGCCACAAACUCUGGAUUGUCAUGGAGUUUCUUGGAGGCGGCUCAUGUCUGGACCUGCUCAAACCAGCCAACUUUGCUGAGGUCCACAUUGCCAUCAUCUGCCGAGAACUUCUUCGCGGCCUCGAGUACUUGCAUGCCGAAGGCAAGAUCCACCGAGAUAUCAAGGCCGCCAACGUUCUUCUCUCCGAGUCCGGCAAGGUCAAGUUGGCCGACUUUGGUGUCGCUGCCCAAUUGACCAACAUCAAGUCCCAGAGGAACACCUUUGUGGGAACCCCGUUUUGGAUGGCGCCUGAAGUCAUACAACAAGAUGGGUACGGAUUCAAGGCCGAUAUCUGGUCGCUCGGUAUCACGGCGAUGGAAAUGGCCAACGGCGAGCCGCCCCUUGCGCACAUCCACCCGAUGAAGGUCCUCUUUCACAUCCCCAAGAACUCUCCUCCUCGUCUGGAUGGCGGUUUCAGCAAGGACUUCAAGGACUUCGUGGCACAGUGUCUUGUGAAGGAUUCCGAUCGCAGACCGUCCGCCAAGGACCUUCUCCGCCACCGCUUCAUCAGGUCGGCUGGCAAGGUGGAGGCCCUCCAGGAGUUGAUUGCGCGCAAGCAAAUGUGGGAUGCAAACCAAAACCGAAAGUCGCAUCCCAUCUUCUACCAGGAAACACUUCACACCAUCUCCGCUAAGGACGACACAGAUGAGUGGGUGUUUGACACGGUCAAGUCGAUGGCGCCCAGGCAGCGAACCAUUCGGACGCGGAAACCGUCCUACUUCGGGGCGGAGGAGGCCAUGCGUCGCCUCGACCUCAAGGACGCACCGCUCGGUCCCUCUUCUCCCGCUUCCGGCACAGUGCGCCGGUCGACUGUGCGGCGCCAACCCUCGAGCCGCCAGGCCUCGGUCACACAGACCCAAGCAAACGGGUCGCCUCGUUCGACGGUCGCGAGAAGACCGCUCCAGCCAGACAUGUCGUAUGGCAACUCUGGAUCCUCCGUGCGGCUCUUCCGCCGGGUCCCCUCGGACGGCUCCGUUACUGCUCAGAUGGAGCUCUCGGAUGCUUCUGAUGCGACUGUCGGCAACGAGAAUAGAGCACCGACAAGAGGAGCAUCAGUGGAACCAAAUAGUAAGGAAGGCAUGCUUGGCCGCCGACUGUUCAACAAGGCUAUCGACCCGACGCUCGCGGAGCUACACGCGCAAACUUCGGGAUUACAGAAGCGGGAGGCAUUGGCGAAGCUCACUGACGCCUUCGCUCUCCUGGACUCAGUCGACCCUGAAGGAGCGUAUCACGUUAUGCGCAAUCUGAUGGCGGCUGUUUCGCAGGACGGCAAGUUGAAUACAGCUCUGAUGCCUCAGCAGUCGAUCAAGACUCCAUCAGACGGCACUCCCCAGGGUACUGUUAUUAUCAAGAGCGCUGCAGCCAUACCAUCCAGCCCGAACAAGCUGAUUUUGGCGUCGAACAACCCGCACUUGAAGAGCCAUAGAAGGCGCAACGGAUCGUUCGCUACGCCUGAGUCAACUGAGAAGAUAGACCGAGAGAAGGCGGCUAUGGAAGCCAAGUAUCCUGGUCGCGCCCCCAGGCCUGGUAUGGAGCACUGCAAACAACUGUCUGACGUGCUCUAUGGCCGGUGGACAGAUGGAUUGAGGAUCAGAUGGCCAGCUGUCUAA